UCUCCGUAAGGAAAAACUCCUCCAAUCAUCAAUAAAUGUCCUCUAUCAUCAAAAAAAAAGACCAUGUUAAAACACCAAAAGUACUAUUGUCAUCAGAGGGUCUUUAAACUAAACACGCAGCCACCCUGAUGUCUCGUUUUGGCUGAUUGAGCGAUGUCCAACAGAAAAACCAUUGGAAACAAUUUAUCCAUCAUUGCAGACACUGGAACUCACAGCUGAGAUAAACGCAAGCUCAUGAAGACGGAUGCUACCUUCUUUCUUUUUUAAUAAAUAGAAAAGUAAAUAGAAGAACAUGUUUGCUAUUCUUCAGAGAUCAUAAAACACAAGAGAGUGACGCGUGAAGGCCUGGACUGUCAGUAAAGUUUCCUUUCGUUCUGAGGAAAUCUCGGUGAGACUCCUGUAACCGGAUGCCGCUUGAAUGAGGAGAAGUGAACGUAACAUGUGACAAGGUGUGAUUAGCCAUUCAGCAUUCUCACUGGGUGUUAGUUGGCAGAUGGGUCUUUUGUGGAGGUAAUUUGCUCAACGGAAUAACCAGGUUGAUGAUUAUAUGUUGCUUUGAGAGCAUUUGUUGUGUUAAAAAGAAAAACAUCCAAACAGUAAAUUUUCAGGGAAGCCAGAAAAAAAAGAGAAGGUAAUUGUUUGGAGGAUUAGCCUGUUUUUGUUUUUUGCAUUUAUUUGGUUUUUAUUUUUGUAAAUCACAAUGAUUGUUUUGUGACACUGUUGUCAUAGUAACCUAAAUCUUUUGUGGCAAAUCCUGAUUCAGUGCAGGUAAAAGGUGUCUUGGCAGGCCUCAUGUUUUCUUACACAUAAGUUCAGUUGCAUCAGAUUAGACCACUGUUCAUCCUGGCUGCAAAGAGGAAAAAAAAACAUGAUAGGGUUUUAAAGAAGCCUGAGUGGAAGGGGGUGUGGCAGGGGUGUUGGAUUUCCUCUUGAACCACCUGGUGAGGAGACACUUAAGGCGCGCCAUUGCGCACGCUCUGGUCAGUGCGCAGAACAAAGUAGGUUUGGCUCCACUGAACUGAACUGAGGAGACGUUCCUGUUUCCAGCGUCUCUGGUGAUGGAAAGCAGGAUCCGGCCUCUGGAGCUGUCCGCGCACGCGGUCAGCCCGCUUGGAGGGCUGCAGGUGCCCUCCUCCCUGCUGCGCCCGCCGUCCCUCUUCCUGCGGGCGUGCAACCCCGCGCUGGAGCGCGGGUACCCGCGGACCCCGAAGUGCGCCCGGUGCAGAAACCACGGCGUGGUGUCGGCGCUGAAGGGCCACAAGCGCUUCUGCCGCUGGAGGGACUGCGUGUGCGCGAAGUGCACGCUGAUCGCGGAGAGGCAGCGGGUGAUGGCCGCGCAGGUGGCGCUGAGGCGGCAGCAGGCUCAGGAGGAGAGCGAGGCGCGGGACCUGCGCCUUCUGUACCCGGCCUCCGGGAUCGGAGUGCCUGCAGGGAGUCCUCAGGGGUCACCAGUGGGCGCCGAAGUCCCGGCAUCCUCCAGUAACCCCGCAAAUGUCUCCUGUUUUGACGUUUUUGGAGCGCAGAACCCCAAAGAAGAUGAUAAAGUCCACAAAUAUAACUUUAACAAUGGAUACAUGGGCAGGCCGCUUUUUGCGCCUCAUGGCGCACGCGUGCCCUCUCCCAGUGACGGGAGGGAGCCGUCCCCGCGUCGGGACAGCGCCGCUUCCCCUUCCGCGGACAGUAAAAGUCCAUCCCCGGCCCGUGAUCGGCUUUCGAACCACACGCCGAGCCCGCAGAGGCCCGCGUCCUCCUCGGAUCCAGAAUCGGGAAACGAGUCCGAGAAAGCCAAGGAAUACCAUCCCGAGCGAGACCCCACCGACAUCAUGGCCAGGAUCUUCCCCCAUCAGAAGAGAGACACCCUGGAGACUAUGGUGAAGACGUGCAAAGGUGACAUUGUCAAGUCCAUCGAGUUGGCUUUAAGCUCCAAAGACUCCAGCGGCGCGUCUCCGUCACCGGGAGCGCUCCAGGGCGCGCUCCGCUCCCCCGUUGGAGCACCCGGGAUCAAGUCUGCCUUCUCCCCGCUUCACAGCCCCUCCAUCCCUGCAGCAGAGGGCCUGUACGGGCUCAGUCCGCGCCUCGGCGUGAGUCCCCUGCGCCUGGCCUACUCCUCUGCAGGCGGCGGCGUGGCCGGGUUCAUGUCUCCCUACGUGACAUCGGGACUCAUGCCCCUGCUGACCCUGCGGCCGCCCCUGGACCCGCACGCCUUCCCGGGCGUGAUCCGAGACCUUUCCUACAUUCAGAGCAAAGAGCCUCUGUGCAACGCAGGUUUUUACGCACGAUUUAGUAACGACAAAUAACACGAUGAGGACGUUUCCUCUUUUUAAAGUGCCUCAAACAUUGUUGGAUUUGUUGACAUCCCACUGAUAUGUUUUGUGUUAAUCUUAGGUUAACAAUAUUUUUGCAAAUAAUAAACAAAAUUUUGAGUUUUCUUUUAAAUGUAGAAUUUGUUAUAAGUUUGAUAGUUUAUCACAACAAUCUUGAAAAGUGAUUCAUUUCAAGACACACAAAAAAAAAUCAAAGAAGCAUGAAGCAACAAUUAUUUUAUUUAUUUCUAGUUUUUUAUUUUAUUGGUAACUAUUACAUUACAUUACAUUUAAAGUGCCUCAAAACGGGUUGCAUUCUGUCAAUAUUCCACUCAUCUUUUUUUCAAUGUUAGCUUAUUUUUUGUUCUGCAAAUAAUAAUCAAAACUUUGAUUUUUUUUGGUAGAAUUUGUUAUUGUUUUGGUACUUUUAAAAAAUAAAAUCCUGAAAUGUUUUUUUUAAGCAUUGAUUGUAAAUGUGAACUGGACUGAGUGACUCCUCCCCCUGACAUUCCAAACAGGAAGUACCGUCUGGUUCCAUGAAGCCAAAAUAUCAUAGACUUCUAUUGAGAAAUAAAUCGCCAUUACUCAGUCACUCUAUUUAUCAGAAUAACAAUUCUUGAGCUACAAAAACAAUUCUUGAUAGCUUUUUAAAAGAUUUUUUCUUUUGCCUUUUCUGAUUUAUGUUUAAUUUUUUCAACUUUCUUUCACGUUAUAAACAGCCAACUAUAUGCCUCAAUAAAAGUAGGUGGUCUCUCAUCGAAAUGUUUGAUUGACAGAUUUUGUGUAGCUCGCUUUCAAGUCCUCUAACUAGCUCACUCAGACUGACUCGGACCAAUGAUUGCUUACUGGCCCCAACAUGGCAACAACUGUGUUGCAAAAAAUUGUGGCUAAAUUGAUGUUAUUUAAUUGUAGCUGGAAGUAAGCCCCAUUCAAUGGGUGAUGUCACAUUCACGCAGUCCAAGUCUCAUUGUUUGGUACUUUUAUUUUAAAAAAUUGUGAAGUGAUUUGAGACCACAGUUAAAAAUAAGAAAGAUAAUAGCAUUUCUUUUUGUUUGGAUAGAUAAUCUGUAUGGUGUUUAUUUAUUUUUUUAUUCUUUUUUUUGGUGGAAAUUAUAGUCUUUGACAUUAGUCUAGAAAAAGAAAAAAUAAUAAAAACAACGUUGUAAACCCAUUAAAUUCAUCUUGUCUUUUGUGAAAA